AUCAUUACCACAGCACACCCUUGUGAGGAGCGGUUGUGCGAUCAGAUCGAUCUAAGAUGGCGACUGUGGAACCGGAAACCACCCCUACUCCUAAUCCCCCGCCUACAGAAGAAGAGAAAACAGAAUCUAAUCAGGAGGUUGCUAACCCAGAACACUAUAUUAAACAUCCUUUACAGAACAGAUGGGCACUCUGGUUUUUUAAAAACGAUAAAAGCAAAACUUGGCAAGCAAACCUUCGGCUGAUCUCUAAGUUUGAUACUGUUGAAGACUUUUGGGCUCUGUACAACCACAUCCAGUUGUCUAGUAAUUUAAUGCCUGGCUGUGACUACUCACUUUUUAAGGAUGGUAUUGAGCCUAUGUGGGAAGAUGAGAAAAACAAACGAGGAGGACGAUGGCUAAUUACAUUGAACAAGCAGCAGAGACGGAGUGACCUGGAUCGCUUUUGGCUAGAGACACUGCUGUGCCUUAUUGGAGAAUCUUUUGAUGACUACAGUGAUGAUGUAUGUGGAGCUGUUGUUAAUGUUAGAGCUAAAGGUGAUAAGAUAGCAAUAUGGACUACUGAAUGUGAAAACAGAGAGGCUGUUACACAUAUAGGGAGGGUAUACAAGGAAAGGUUAGGACUUCCUCCAAAGAUAGUGAUUGGUUAUCAGUCCCAUGCAGACACAGCUACUAAGAGCGGCUCCACCACUAAAAAUAGGUUUGUUGUUUAAGAAGACACCUUCUGAGUAUUCUCAUAGGAGACUGCGUCAAGCAAUCGAGAUUUGGGAGCUGAACCAAAGCCUCUUCAAAAGCAGAGUGGACUGCAUUUAAAUUUGAUUUCCAUCUAAAUGUUGCUAAGAUAUAAGAGAAGUCUCAUUCGCCUUUGUCUUGUACUUCUGUGUUCAUAUAUUUUUUUUUUUUUUUAAAUUUUGGCUAGAGUGUCCACUAUCCCAAUCAAAGAAUUACAGUACACAUCAUCCCCAGAAUCCAUAAGUGUGUUCCUGGCCCACUCUGUAAUAGCUUAGUAGAAUUACCAUUACAAAUACAUUUUACCUAUCCACAAUAUUCAAAAAAGAACUUGCAUUUCUAUACCUUACAGGAAAAAAAUUUUGUUUAUGUUCCUUUGUAUGCAGGAGCAUAUUUUGCUGGUUUGAAAGAGUAUGAUGCAUACAGUUUUCUAGCAAUUUUCUUUGUUUCUUUUUACAGCAUUGUCUUUGCUGUACUCUUGCUGAUGGCUGCUAGAUUUUAAUUUAUUUGUUUCCCUACUUGAUAACAUUAGUGAUUCUGAUUUCAGUUUUUCAUUUGUUUUGCUUUUGUUUUUUUCCUCAUGUAACAUUGGUGAAGGAUCCAGGAAUAUGACACAAAGGUGGAAUAAACAUUAAUUUUGUGCAUUCUUUGGUAAUUUUUUUGUUUUUUUGUAACUACAAAGCUUUGCUACAAAUUUAUGCAUUUCAUUCAAAUCAGUGAUCUAUGUUUGUGUGAUUUCCUAAACAUAAUUGUGGAUUAUAAAAAAUGUAACAUCAUAAUUACAUUCCUAAUUAGAAUUAGUAUGUCUGUUUUUGUAUCUUUAUGCUGUAUUUUAACACUUUGUAUUACUUAGGUUAUUUUGCUUUGGUUAAAAAAUGGCUCAAGUAGAAAAGCGGUCCCAUUCAUAUUAAGACAGUGUACAAAACUGUAAAUAAAAUGUGUACAGUGAAUUGUCUUUUAGACAAUUAGAUUUGUCCUUUUAUUUCUCCAUCUCUAUAGAAGGAAUUUGUACCUCUUAUUGCCAGGCAGUCUCUAUUGUGUCUUCUUGUAGUGUCUUCCACGUGAACAGCAUAAGUUUGGAGCACUAGUUUUGAUUAUUAUGUUUAUUAAAAUUUUUAAUAAAUUGAAUAGGUAGCACCAUAUGUAUGGAA